AGCCGCAACUGCUAAAUUGUGUGCUGCAGGCUUUGUUGUUUCCUUGGCUUCCUCUCUGGCUAGGAGGAGAGCCUGGCCCGAUUGGUGGCGGUCAGGCACGAACGAAGAUCGAACAGUCGGAAGGAAGAUAACCUCAAGUGAAAAAGAACCUUUUCAAGGAAUAGGGUUCAUCAUGAAUAUAUCACAGGACCAGAGUGGCAGUUCCAGCAAUAAAGAGCCCCUGUCCAGGUGCUGUGAAGCCCGGAAGGAGUUGGAGCAUGCCAUUGGUGGUGUUCUCAGAGCUGAACAGCACAUUAAAGACAACUUGAGAGAAGUUAAAGCUCAGAUUCACAGCUGUAUAAGCCGUCACCUAGAAUGUCUGCGCAGCCGUGAGGUGUGGCUGUAUGAGCAGGUAGAUCUCAUCUAUCAGCUUAAAGAAGAAACACUUCAGCAGCAAGCCCAACAACUCUACUGGUUACUGGGACAAUUCAAUUGUCUUAUUCAUCAGUUGGAAUGUACCCGUAGCAAAGAUCUAGCCAAUCAAGUUUCUGUGUGCCUGGAGAGGCUGGGUAGCUUGACCCUCAAACCUGAAGAUUCAACUGUCCUCCUGUUUGAGGCUGAUACAGCUUCACUCCGUCAGACCAUCACUACAUUUGGCUCUCUCAAAACCAUGCAAAUCCCUGAGCACCUGAUGACUUGUGCCACUUCACCCAGUCUUGGGCCACCUGUAGAGAGAAGGGCUUCUCUUCCCAAGCAGGAGCAGAAACCAUCAUUCCGCCCUUCAUUUAUACCACUUCGUGAUUGGCUCCUUAGAAGCAAACCGGCCUCAACUCAUCAGUCUCCUUUUGUACCCAGCACCAACCCCCAGGACUGGCUUAACAAAAAGCAAACUUUGACAAGCAGCCAGGGUCCUUCCCAAACCUGCAACUUUAAUAUCAGUAACAUCUGGGGCAACUUCAAGGGCUUGGAAAACUGGCUCCACAAGCAGAUAUCUGAGAAAAGAAGCCCCCAAAGGCGAAAUAGCUCCUUCUCUACAGAAAUAGAAAAAGGGGCUGACCUAGAGCUCCCUGAGCAAGAAGAAAUGGAUCUUUCUGAUUGGCUGGUUACCUCUCCUGGGCCUGAGAAUGGCAGCUUUGAAAGAGAUGAGAAAUCAAAGCUUUUCCAACUUUUCAAGGAAGAUUAUAAUACAAAUGAUUGGCUUCUCAAGUCUGGUUCCUGCACUAAUUGUCAGGGCAACCAGCCCACAGGUGUAGAGAUUGAAAAUUUGGGAAAUCUGAAGUGCCUGAAUGAGCACCUGGAAGGGAAGAGACCAUCACCCCCUUCCCCCACAUCAACUGAAAAUCGGAUUGUCCAGCAUCUUCAGGUUCCUUUUAAAGUUGAGGAGGUAUGCAAAGCUAAUGAGCCUUGCACCAGCUUUUCAGAGUGUGUAUGUGAAGACCAGUGUGAGAAGGAGGCCUUGUGUAAGUGGCUCCUGAAGAAGGAAGGGAAGGAUAAAAAUGGUGUCCCGAUGGACCAGCUGCCAGUUCUGAAACCUGAGCCAGUGAAGCUGAAACCCUCCUUGAAUAUGUGGCUCUGUCCCUCUAGGGAAGAGGCAGAUGAACAGGCUAAGACACCAAAGCCAACUCCUUGUACAAUUCCUGAACCCCUCAAAAUUUUGCUGGACAGCCCCUUGUCAGAUUGGCUUGCCAAAACAAAACCCAAAGAAUUAAGAGCACGGGAAAUAACCAGUUCAGAUGACAAAGCUAGUCAGGAGGGGUUUUCACCAAUCAAGCAAGUGCAUCCUAACCCCAUGACCAUUUGGCAUCACCCAAUUAAUGCAGCUGAUUGGAUACUACCUUCAAAGAAUAUGGGAAGCUCUAGCCGGCCCCCUGGGGAAGAUAAGUGGUUACUUCGAAAGAAGGCCCAGGAAGCAUUCCUAAAUUCACCCCUACAUGAAGAACAUGCCUUUCCCCAGGACUGCUAUGGCCUGCCAGCAGUUUGUGAUCUUUUUGCCUGUAUGCAGCUUAAAGUUGAUAAAGACAAGUGGUUGUAUCGAACCCCUGUCCAGAUAUGAGGAAACAAAUAGAAACCAAGGAAUCUUUCUGCUGAUCACCGCACAUCCAUGAACUGCAGCUUGCUGAAUCAUUGUGUUUCUGGGUCUUACUAGUAUUGUGUUGUUUCUUUUCUGCCAAAUUUUGAAAUAGUGAGAUUAAGCAAUGACCUAUUAACUGAGUUAACCUAAGAAAAGCCCACUUGUGAAGAGUACACACAUUUUGAACUAGUAAGUGCUGCAUCAGGGUGCCUACCCUUUACAAAGACCUCUGCAUCUGCCAUUUGGGUUGUCUUGGAAAGCAUACAAUGAAAUUUCCAAAUGAAGUCAUUUUUCUUAAUAUCCAAGUGCAGCUUUCUUAACCAAAAGUAUUGAUUGCCCUUUCUGCAGAUUAUUUCUAAUUAUUUCUCUUGGAUCCUGUCUUAGUGGUCAUCAAUUAUUCUUUUUCUGGCAUGUAGUUUUUCUGUUAUAUCCCAUGUAUAAACUAAUUUUGCCAGUAUAUUGAAGUGUCUAGCUUUUUAAAGGGUAUACUCAUUAGUGCAGAAACUAAAAAGUAUAAUGGCUUUUAGCCUCAUUGUUAGCUCUGUUCCAGUUUUCUUCCUGUUGUGAAAAAUUGGAAACCUCUACAGGUUAUUGGGCUGUCUGGUUAUCUUAAUUGGACAGAGCACAAUGUAUACUGUGGACAGUAUGUAAUGAGAUUAAUUGCAUCUCACUGUGUGAUUUUUCUUGGAGUUGAAAGUAUUUUAAUAGCCUGUCAAAAUUAGCUGAUUAAUAGAAUGAGAAUACAGUGUGCUCAGUGCUUGCCAUGAAAUACUAUUGGCUCCAUUAUAUACUUGAACAUUUAUACGUAGGGACCGUUGGUGCAUCCUGUGUAGUUGGAAGAUCUUGUACUGCAGCACUAUAGAUAUAACCAUUUCAACUAUGAGCAAAUGAAAUGCUGGCUAUCAUAACAAGGAUAAUUUUGGUUUAAGUCCAUAAAACAUCUUAGUAGAUUGUCUUGACUACUUGUGCCUUGGGGCAUUUAUUUAUGAAAAAAUUUGUGAAACAUUCCCUCAAAUGUCCCUAAAUCAGGCUCUGUCCUAAUAACAAAGAUUUGUGCUAUUUUUACAUUUUCUCAAUAGGGAACUUUUAAAGUCUCUUUCUUCCCUCUUUGAAUUUGAAUUUUUGGAAAUCCUUAGCCUCAAACUGGGUUAGGGGACCUCUAGGUCGUCACAGGCUUCCUGAGAGUGCUCUGGACCACUCUAGUAAUUAUUUUAUGCUGUGUCUAAAUUUGUAUCAGUAUCUCUACAAAUGUUACUUAGUCCUACCCAGACUCAACCUCAUUGAGAACAAAUUGAAUGAUAGCUGUUUGGUGCAGCCGAUUCUAGAUCCUUUAAAUUAACUUAAUCUUAGGCUCUUAGAAACUUUGUAGACUUUACUGUGUUACUCACUUAUUCCUCUAUACUAUACUAAGAUACUAUUGAGUCUGUAAAACAUUGUUCGCAGUAAUGCCAUUUUAUACAAUUGCUGAUGAUCCUCAUUAAAAGCAUAACCACCAUAA